GGUACGUGCCACGGGUUGGUCAGUCAAUUCGGUGAAUUCGUUUAUCUGUUCACAUAAGUGCCGGUGCCUUGCGGCAAUUGUUGAAAGCGUCCGAAAGUAUGAAUGGAAGGAAUGGAAGUAUUAAAUACUCGGAUUAAUGUGUAGUAAUGCUGUGUUAUUUCUUUAGAGACAAUGGUACUCAAACGUGUAUAUUUUUCACCAGUAUAACAAUGGUAUGGUAAAGUUACUGUGGUCACUUCACUUUCAUUUUAAGUGUAUUAAUUUCAUAGACGUCAAACAAUGGCGACGAGGUGGAGUAGUGAAUUUAUAGUUGCCGAACACAGAGACUUACAGGCCAGCGCUAUGGCUGUAGAUUCAAGUGGAGUUUAUGCACUGUUAGCUGGUCGUAGGUACUUGGCAAUCAAGAAUCUUGAUGAUUCUUCAGAUGCUCUUCACAAAAUUCCCCGUCAUAGUAAAUAUGAAGUUGGUGCUGCAGAGUGGAACCCCAGUUCAAUCAAUAAAGACCUUUGUGCUAUCUCUAGCAGUCAGCGAGUGGAGAUACUGUCAUGGCAGUCAGGCGGAGAUUUAGUUCAAACACAGACGCUUCGCUCACACACUCGAGUAGUUAGUGAUCUCAAUUGGCAUCGGUUUGAUCCGAAUUUGCUGGCUAGCUGUUCAAUAGACACUUUCAUUCAUGUGUGGGAUAUACGAGAGCAGAGGAGGCCUUCACUGUCUCUUUCUGCUGUUGCUGGUGCAACUCAAGUUCGGUGGAAUCGCUUAUCUAGAUACUUACUAGCUACUGCACAUGAUGGUGAUAUCAAGCUUUGGGACCAAAGAAAAGGAACUGCUCCAGUGCAGUACAUUGCUGCUCAUUUGGCAAAAAUUCAUGGUCUGGACUGGAGCCCAACUCAUGAGAACCAGCUGGCCACUUCUAGUCAAGACUGCACUGUUAAAUUCUUUGAUAUCACGAAUCCUCGCCGUGCUGAGAGCAUCCUAACAACUUCUUCACCUGUAUGGAGGGCCCGUUACACACCGUUUGGUGAAGGUUUGAUUACGGUGGUUGUCCCACAGUUACGAAGAGGAGAAAAUAGCCUCCUGCUAUGGAAUAUUGCAAAUCAUACAUCUCCAGUUCACACAUUUGUAGGGCACACAGAUGUUGUACUUGAGUUUGAAUGGAGAAAACACAGAGAGGAUACAUUGGAUUAUGAAUUAAUAACAUGGUCAAAGGAUCAGAGUCUUCGAAUAUGGAGAAUAGAGCCAUUUCUACAGAAGCUUUGUGGACAUGAACGAGAUGUUGAACAUUCCAUAGAUUCACAAGAAACAGAAGAUGCCGCUGCUGUUAGGACAACCUUAGUUGUGGAACAAACACUGACACAUCCUCUUCAAGAUUUGAGUCUAGAGAAUGGAUCAGGAAUGUCUGACAUGUCAAACAGCCUGAUACUGGAUGAAGGCACUGAUGCAAGCCUUGGAAACUCGACAGACAAGGAAGUGAAUCCUUCCCCCACUCAGCCAAAGACACUCCAACAGGAAUUCUCACUCAUCAAUGUGAAUAUGCCUAAUGUUCAAAUGGAUUUGAUGGAUGCAGUUAGACGGAGUUGCACGGUUACUGCCACGAGAAAUGCACACAUUGUUAUCCUUCAAGUUAGUUUUCCUCCAAGUUACCCUUACAAUGCUGCUCCUACGUUCCAGUUUGCCCAUGGAACAUCUAUUGAUAACAACACAAUGGCAAAAUUACUUAAGGUUCUGAAACAAACAGCACAGCAAAGGGUGCGGAAAAAUAAAUCCUGUCUUGAGCCAUGUUUGCGUCAGCUUGUGUCAACUUUGGACCAGAUUGCUUUAAGUGAUGAAUCGGAGAAGAAGCCUUUCUCACGGUUGCACCAUUCUCAGUCUUCUUCGUAUCUUGAGCCUUCAGACAUAUAUGGGAGUUUCCAGGAUGCAUACAUACCAUUUCCACGAACAUCUGGAGCUAAAUUCUGCAGUGUUGGGAUAUUGGUGUGUUUUGGACGACCACCCUUUGCAAGGCGAUUAUCAACACGCUUGGAAAGUCCAACACCCAGAUCAUUGUCGGCACUGGGGGGAAACUUGAACAGCUUCACCCUUGGUGGAUCAUCUGCUGGCAGCACCAAUCAGUAUUCUCUCAUGUAUCCACCUGUGGCGCAGAGUCCAACAGGGGACCCAAAUGUGGCUGUAACAUCAUUCUACUUCCAAGAUAGGAAGCAGCCUUCCCGAACAAGGUCAAGAGGUGUCCAUGGCAGUUCCAGAGGACUUCAGAAUGCAUUGAAAACACCAUCUAAGAAAGGUUCUAGGGCAAUUGUAACAAUAUAUGAUGCAUCAUCACUGUUUUUCAUACACAGAGAACUUGGAGAAAAGUAUGUAUUUGACGGCCAUGAUCUUCCAGGCAUGUGCCAUCGGAAUUCUGCCAUAGCAGCAUUAGUUGGUCGUCGAGAUUUGGUGCAAGCCUGGACUCUGGCAGCUUUAGCAGCCACUCCAUCAAUGCAGCCAACCUCAGACCAGGAUAAUGAUAUACCAUGGCCACACCAUCCCUUUGGCAGGGCUAUGGUUGAAUCACUAUUUCACUUGCUGAGUGAGCUGGCUGAUGAGGUAAUUCUUGGGACUGGUAUUCAGGAUGUGCUUGGCUUGAAUCCUGGCCAGGAUACCAACUAUUAUGACCCAUUUUCUUUCCCUCCCCCUCCCCCAUUCCAAGCAAAUGCCAGGAUACGACUUGCAACUGGGAAGUGGUGGCUCAAGCCUGGAGGCUCGCCAUACCAUACAAUCCAUCAAGUUGAUACAAGUCUGGAGGGCUGGAACUACCCCAUGCUCAAACAGAAUCGCUCAAAUUCAUGGUCUGAUUCAUUGGAUGAUUUCAAAUUUACAUCAACAAUUAUUGAGCAUACAGAAAUUAAUGAUACAGACAGUGAGAAAAGUGUGAAGAUACUUGAAGAAAAGAAUUCAAAUUUGUAUGACACAUACAAGAAAGCAUAUUCAGAAAUUCUGCAUAGAUGGAAUCUUUUGGAUGCUCGGGCACAGGUAUUGAAGUACAUGUCAACACCUCCAGAAAUACAUAAAGGUGUGGAGUUUUAUUCAGAGUGUCAGUAUUGUGGCAAUCAAGUCAGAGGUGCUAGCUGUUUGUCCUGCAAGAGACUUGUUUUACAGUGCUCCAUUUGCAAUCUGUCUGUUAGAGGGUUGUCAAACUUCUGUGUGGUAUGUGGUCAUGGAGGACAUUCAGAACACAUGAUGUCAUGGUUUGAGUCAGAGACACUGUGUCCAACUGGCUGUGGCUGUAGUUGUAUGGUAGAGACUGCCAGCAUGCUGGAAUCAUAACAGCACAGAGAAAGGCUGUUUAAAUUCCUAUCUUGGAAGCUGAAGAUCAUAAAGGCUCUGAAGGAGUGGGUCUUGGUUGGCCAUCUACUUGAAGAGGUCAUUGUAUAUGGCUGAGUGAAGCUGUUGAAAAUAGUGAUGAAACCUUAACUAGUACUUGCCAUUGAACAAUUUAAGGCUGCAUAUAUGUAGUAGUGGUUGGAAGAUAUAUAAAUUCUUUUUGAAAACUAUGUUCAAGUGCUAUUUGUACAUAUGGUACAUAGAAAAAUAGGGAUUUUUUUAUAGCUUCAUAUUCUUUGAUCUCUGGUGCUCACAUAUUAGUUUCCAACCAAUCAGUUUUUAAUAGUAAUGUGAGAAACAGUAUACUGUACAAGCUAACACAUGCAGGUAUUGUAUUCUGCAGGAUUAAUUUACAGCUAUAAUUAGUUUUGAAUUGUUCACCUACUGUGUUAUAGGCUAUUAGCUGAAUAUUUUUAUUACUAAAUUGUAUACAGUUUUGAACACUGUAACAUGAAGAAAACAGUUCUUCAGAUGUACAUGUAGUGUAUUUAAUAAUUAUGGCAUUUAAAAUACUUUGUUCAGAUCAUGAAAGGUUGUUAUAUAUGUAAAUAUGUAUUUAGUAAAUUUCAAAUUUAAAGCAAUAUUGUAACGACUUGAUUAUUCAAAGAAUUCUUUAUCCAGUUCUUUUUCUUUCAUUGUUAAUUUUGGUGCUAAUGCCAUUACUUUUUGAACAAAAAAUUGACAUUUUAGCUAAAAAUAAUAGCAGUGCUGAAAUUGCUGUCCUAGUGAAAUACAUUUCAUGUAUAGUUUAUUGCAGUUCUGCCUGUCUUAACAUGUCUUUGGUACAUGAACAAUUAUUUAAGCUUAAGGUUUCAAAUUAUAUGUUUAUUAUUAGUUAUUAUUAUAUAAGCAAAUUCCUGUUGGUUGAUUAUUUAGCUGAAAGCCUGAUUUAGGAUAACUAGCCUGUUUUUUUCAGAACAGAAUAACAAUUCACUGUAGUAGCAACUGACAUAGAGAUGCUUGCAGGACAUAUUUAUGAAGGGAUAUAUUUUGGGAUUUUUUCCUCCCUUAUGUAAACAGUGGUAUGCCAAAGGUAAGAAUUUUGAUAUACAUAUAUUUUUUUCAAAAACAGUAUUACAUAUAUCCACUUGUUUUGCCUUUUGUGUUUAAAUGUACAAUAUGUGGUAUUUGUUAUGUUUAAAUGUGCACUGUGUUUGACAUGUUCCAGACUUUUGGGGGGAUGUCUGAAGUUAUGUAUUUUGUCUAAAAAAGGAGGAGCCAUUGAUAUAAAACAUUACAGUUCAGUUCUAAUAAUUAUAUUUAAGGAGAGAAUGCAUGAGAAGGAAAUAUGUAAGAGGGGUGUAAUAUUGUUUCAGUUCACUAUAUGACAGUCAUUCUUUUGAACCUUUCUUUGACCAUCAUUUUAGUGCUUGCAUUCCUUUACCAUUAUCAAAUCCAGUAUUGUUGGAGGCCAAGCAAUUUGCUCUUCUCACAACCAUGAAGAUAGGAAAUACUAUUCAGAAAUUCACAGUAAAUUGAUAUAAUGUUCUCUAAGGUUAUAAAUUGUGGCACACUGAGGAACAAUUGGGUCACCAAAUUAUUGAUCAAUAUAGUGUCAGUUCAGAUACUUGUUAUAGACUGCUGUCAUUAUAUCAAACAGAUUAAACCCAUACUACUAUUUUGGCAGUUGUAUGUCCUCUACCCUAGAUGUAAUAGCUAUUUCAAUAUGACAUACUAGUAACUCACCAAAAGAAAUGAUCAAACAUCACCACAUCUCUUUCUAGAUCAUGGAUUUCUUCAAAGCUCAAACUCACAAAUGCCUUCUCAUAUGACCAUUAAUAUGAAAAAUAGGAUCUUCAAGAAAUGCAAUCAGCCACUUCCAUCAUUUUGUUGCUCUGUGACAUUAGAGAAAUGUAUAGUACACAAUAAUCUUGAAGUUUGAUACUUUGUUGCAGCUUGUUGUUCUUGAACAUUAUCAUGAAUGGUUUGUCUUCUAAUUUCAGAGUGUUUUAUCAUUUAAAACCAUUCUUGAAUGCAUUCAGCUUCUGAUCUUCUAGCUGCUUCUUCAGUGGCAGUCUUCUGCUUUUCUGUAGACACAGUCUACUUCAUUAUUGUAUUAUGUUAGAACGUGGGCCAUAUAAAUGCCUGAAUUUAUGUAGAAUCCAAGUUAUGGAUUUAAAGUGUGGUCAUACCUCACUUCUCCACAGGUGUUCUAGCUGAAGCACACCUAGGCCACCAGCAGAUACUCAGGUUAUGGUUGUAAAGAGCUUCAACUUGGCAUUUCUUUUGAAUCUUCAUGGAAUAUUCACAUAUACAUGGGAGCUUAUAGAAUUUUAUUUCA